CUCCGUAAGUCUCGUCUUCGUCUUCGUCUUCGUCGUCGUCUUCAUCUUCAAGCAAAGAGCCGUUUUUCACUCCAUCAGAUCUGCCUGCAUUCCCCUCAUCUUCACAAACCCUCUCUUCAAAGUUCGAAUUCAAAGCGCUCUCUCUCUCUCUCUCUCUCUCACAUCGGUUGCUUCGUCGGUUGAGCAAUCGGCCUUGGUUUGCUGGCAGUUUCCAUCGUCUCGGUCGCAAUGUUGCUGCGCCGCUCCUUCUCUGUGUUGACUCUUCUGCUCAUCGUCUUCAGCAUCAUCGCGGCCUCCGACGGUCAGCCCGCCAACUCGCCUGCUCCCGCUCCUGAACUCCCCGCCGAUGCUCCGACCGCGCCAUCACCCUCUCCUCCCCAAGCUGGAUCGCCGGCGAGUGCGCCUCUGAGCCCGUUCUCGUCGCCGCCUGCUCCCCCUCCGUCGGACGGCUCCUCUCCGGCGAUGUCUCCUCACCUUCCGUCCGAAUCCCCUGUUCCUUCGCCGUCGCCGAGCGAAUGGGACGACUUCAACCACAGCGGUGUGGAUCCGGAGAAGUCCUCCGGAGGUGGAAUGAGCGGCGGCAAAAAGUUUGGGAUCGCGUUCGGAGUGAUCGUGCUGGCAGGACUCGUCAUCUUCGGAGGAUUGGUGUACAAGAAGAGGCAAGAUAACAUACGCCGAGCUCGGUACAAUUACGCUGCUGGAGCAGAUAUCCUGUAGGAGGAACAGUUCUUCUUCGUACCGUCAGCCAUUGAUAUCUGCUUGGCGAGAACAGUGAGUACCAUGCAUGCAUCGUCUCGUCCAAUCUCUGGCGCUUGUAUUCUAAUAGAGAUCUCUUUAGUUAUUCCGACAUUGAUAGAUUGUUUAAUUUUUAGUGAUAAUAUCGGAUAUAAUUAUGAUGCAUUUCUUUUAUCGUGCA